AUGCGGUUUUUUUAUGCUUUUCAAAGAAUUUCGUUUGAUAGUACGUUAGCAGUCUAUGAAAACAGGGUGAGGUUGAAUGCUGAUCCGAGUUUGAAGGGAGAGGGGAGGGGAGGGAAGAAGUUUCGUAGGCUUCUUCUUCCCCCAGAAAUCAUUGACGCCCUUUCUUCCUACGUCUUCGACCUUCCCUCUGUACAGACUCUCAAGCAUUGUGGCAAGGAUGUCGAUCUACUGGUGCAGUUCUACAAGAUAAGAAAAAAAUUUUGGACCGUUGGAGGUGAUUUCGGAAAUAUAUUUCCGGAAAAAUUUUUCCAGGGUGGAAAAAUUUUUCCAGUCACGGGUGGAAAAAUUUUUCCAUUUUGGACCGAUGGAUUAAGGAGGAAGAAUGGACGGGGAGCAAGGGGAGCAAGAAGGGAAGAAGGGAAGGAGGGAAGGAGAAGAAGGGAAGGAAGGAGGAGGAGGGAGAAAAGAAGAAGGGAAGGAGAGAGGAGGGAGGAAAGAAGAAGGGAAGGAGGGAGGAGGAAGAAGAAAGGAAGAAGGGAAAGGAAGGAGAAGAAGGGAAGAAGGGAAGGGAAGGAGAAGAAGAGAAGAAGGGAAGCUAGAUCUGGUUCUGACGGAGAAGAGAAGAAGGGCCUGCUUCUUGAGGCUCCACUAUUCUGCGUCGUUCUCCUUCCUCCUCCUCCUUCUUCCUCCUCCUCUUUCUUCCUCUUCCUCCCUUCUUCCUCCUUCCUCCCUCCUCCCUGGCUCCCUUUUUCCUCCCUCCUCCCUCGCUCCCUUUUUCCUCCCUCCUCCCUCACCAUUUCCUUCCUCCUUCUUCCUCACCAUUUCCACCAAACGAAGAAUUUUUUUUCUAGAAAAAUAAACAAAACAAAAAAGCUGGUUUUGGAAAAACGGAAACAUAUUUCCGUUUCAUCAAUUCCAGUAAUUUAUGGAAAUUUUAUUCCAGAAAUAAAUUUGUGGCUAUCAAACGGCCCCCUAAGGGUUGGCUUUUAUCUUUACCUGCUUUGGUUUUUGGCAAAAUUUGAAGCUGCAUGGUCUAUAGGCUUAUGUCGGUAGACUGAAGAAGUGUCUGAUCUGUGAUAUUCCAGUGAUAUUCCAGUUUCGGCAAUAAAGGUCUUCUCUUAUACUUUGCAUGUCUCAUAUCUAUGAGAAAAAGGUUCCAUGUGCUAUACUGAUGAUUUUUAAAAGUAUUUCCAUAUGUAUGCUUCAGAUUUUUAUUACUUUCUUAGUUAAACUUUGCUACUUUGUAAAAGAGAACAAUGGAAUAGUGACCACCAACAAAUGGGCAAAGUGGCAUUUUGAGGAAUAAGACCUGUUCUAUGUGCAGCACUGAAUAAAAUGAAACUGCCCCCUUUUCCUUUUCCUGAAUAUGAAGUUAGAGUUUGGUGUGCGCAGCAACAUUGUGCACUCAGAGAAUUGGUAGGACAGACACGGUGCCAGAUACCCUUUCUUUGGAAACAUGCUAACAUGCUGCCACUUUUUCUUGUUUGAAAUUCUGAAGUAGUCAGAGCCUGCUUGGUGCUAGUUGAAGAAGAGAUUUUGAUCUUUUAACUUCAGCAUGUAAAAGAAUAGAUGCUUGGAUGCUUUUCUUGAAUUUUUAUAGUUUGUUUGUUCGAUCAGUCAGAUGGAUUGCUUCAAGAUUAGAAUUGGUCUGUUAGUUGUUCUUGUUGGUUCAUUGCCCUUUUCAACAUUGGGAAGGCUUUCCACAAAGCCAUGGCAGUCAUGUUUUCUGCAAUAGAGGAGGUGAUGUGGAACUCUGGUCUGAGGUUUUGAUGGCUCAUACCAACCAAGGUAGGAUUGAAGAGAGAGUUUUUAGGAGGAACACUCUAGGAGCAGCGGAUAACAAGGAGGGGAGUAGGAUUACACAUUUUGAUUUUGGUGGAAACAGGAUGAUUUACAUGGUCAUACAUCUUACUUAUACGGUGAUUAAGAAAUGAACCUGGGCCAAAUUAGAGCAGAUUCCACAUCCAGUGUGUAGUGUCAUGUGAUGUGAUCCAGUUUCUAGGAAGGAAGUAGCCGGCUUGGUUCUUGAGCCGAGUGCACAGGCAUGGCUUUGAUGAAAAUAGGCUGCACCCACUAACCUUGAUAAAGGUCUAACAGAGCUCCUUGUGAUCUAUAAUGCUCCUUCAAAAACUACUAACAGAACAAGAAGGGCAUCAUGCAAACCACAGAAUCAAUAUUUUACAGUGUUCAUUUCUCCUAAAGUCAAAGCAUGCUUAGCAAAAUGCUAAAAGCCUUGUCUGAUAUGAAGUUGGAAGCCUCUUUCAUUCUUCUAAAAUUUGAUGCAAAGUUUGCUGUCAAACAUUGCUGUAAAACCAUUACAUUCAAAACUCAAAGGUUUAAAGCAUGUUGUUGAUCUGCCUCUGAAUGUAGAAACAUGUGUUAGAAAAUGUGCUCCACGAAUACGAUAUCUUUCUUAUCAAGCACUCGGUUAAAAAAUUACCCAUAUGUU